CUGUUUAAAAUAUAAGUAACCCGAUUGUAUUCAUCCGCCUCGUUAUCGAAAAUAUUUAAGAGCUGCACGUGUAGUUUCUGCAACAUACACCUGACAACGACAAGAUGAGUAAGAUAGAGGAAAGAUUAAAUGGGAUUUCAGCUAUUACGCAGCUCAAUGGCGAUAUGACAACCAAGCAACUGGAGAUUAAUAGAGUAGAUACACCAAAUAGCAAUCAAGGAUCAUUCGAGGAAAUCGAAACAUUGGCCAAGCUGAUCAGCGGCAAGAUCAAGCAUGCUCCCAAAGUUGGAAUCGUGUGUGGGUCGGGGCUUGGCGGACUCGUGGAGAUGGUGGAGGACAAACAUAUCAUCAAAUACUCCGAACUGGACGGGUUUCCUGUCAGCACUGUGCCCGGUCAUCUCGGGCAGUUUGUCUUUGGAAUGUUGAAUAAUGUCCCAGUCAUGUUGAUGCAGGGAAGGGUCCAUGCGUAUGAAGGGUAUCCUCUUCAUCGAGUUGUCUUGCCAGUCAGAGUUAUGUGGAAGAUGGGAGUCAAGAACCUGAUUCUAACCAACGCGGCAGGAGGAAUCAACUCCAAAUACAAAGUUGGUGAUGUCAUGAUAGUAAAGGAUCACAUCAAUCUACCUGGAUUUUGUGGAAUCAAUCCCCUGAUGGGAAUCAACGACGACAGAAUUGGACCAAGAUUUCCACCAAUGUCAGAUGCGUACUGUAAAAGGUAUAGGGACAUUGCCAAAGGAACGGCCAAGGAACUUGGAUUCACCGACUUUGUUCAAGAAGGAGUUUUAAGCUUUUUGACGGGUCCGUCUUUUGAAACAGUCACGGAAUGUCGGCUACUAAAACUGAUUGGAGCUGAUGCUACAGGAAUGAGUGUCAUUCCUGAGGCCAUUGUUGCCCGCCAUUGUGGAAUGGAAGUGCUAGCAAUGUCCCUGAUUACAAACUGUUGUGUGAUGGAGUUUGACUCGGAUCUGACAGCCAAUCACGAGGAAGUAUUGGAGACUGGAAAAACCCGAUCCAAGGACAUGCAAAAACUAAUCUCAAAGAUUGUAGAGAAAAUUGCUUCAUAAUCCAUGUUUGUUUUUCAACACAUCGCAGGAAUCGAAACUUGUCACUUGUUAUUUUCUAGAAGAUUUGAUAAAAGAUACAUUUUAAUCCAUAUUUCUCAGAAUCUGCACUCUUGUCAGGCAGAUUGUGACGUCAGAAAUGAUGCUAAUUCUUGCAAUCCAUAAACGUACAUUUUGAUAUUGGGAACAUAGAGCGCAUUUAUUAACAAAAGAAAUAUUUUUGCAUGUAAUUAGUUGAAUAGAUACAUAAUUGAAGAUGAAUUUUUGCUAUCAAUGUUUACUUUUGGAGGAAAAGGUGUUUGAAUUAUUGAAUUUUUUAAAAAUUUAGAUUAAAACUAGAAAAUUAGAAACUAUAUUUCUUUUAGAUUUAUCUUUAGAUUUAUACAAAGUAAAUCUUUACAUUAUGUAACAUUGAUUACGUUUUUAUAGGGCUCAUUUAAGGCCUUUAUGAUAUAUGUUUAUUUUAUGCUUAUUUUGAAUGACUAGUAUGGUGGAUACAUAUUGUGUUAAUUAUUAAUUCAGACAGACCCCUGCGUCAGCUAUGCAAACAGUAUCUUCAGCUCACAAUAUAUUUCCUAAGUCUACAGUAUACGUGAAACUAUUUUUUUUAAUAAAGAUUUUGAUAUUUUAAGUAAAUGUAAGCGCAUAACACGUAUUGGGGAGUUUCCACACAGGACCUGAUUAUCCAAUGAUUAAGGAUUGAUGCAUUUGUUUUUAGUUUAUAUUAUUCUCUACACAGUGGUUUUGUAAUGUACUAGUUAUUAAUUGUACCUGUAUAUGAAUAUAAGUAUCAUUGAUUGAUACUAGGCGAUCUCUUUUACUUCACAAUAUAUUUUAGUACUGUAUAUUGUUAUAAUUAGACAGGCAGACUGGUUGUAGAACUAUUAGCUCACCCGUGACCGCUAUUAGCUCACCCGUGACCGUUGUGUUCUUUGCUUUUUGCAGGUUUUAUAUUUUCUUUUUAAAUUACAUAUCUUAUUGGCUGAUUAAAACAAUCAAAUUCAUACUAAGGUCAAUCUUGUAUAUAAGGACUUGCCACUGCCAAUGCAUUUUUGGUCCUCAGUUGCCAUCUCAUUUUUACAAUGAAAGGCUGACAUUGAUCCCAUAUAUUUUACUACUUUUGAAUUAUGUAUCCGUUUUCUAGGCUUUGGGACAAAUAUUUAAAUGUGUCUUUUAUCAUUAACAUCUCAUCUAUGAAAUGAUAACAAAAUUACAACAAAGAUCUACACACCUCUUUAAAUGAAAGGACUGUGUGUGGUAUGGUCAAAUAUCUGCCCCGAUUUCAACCAAGUUUUAAAUAGUAUCGUAUAAAAACCAAAUCUUCAUAAAGUAUUGUACAGAAGAUGCCUAUCACUUUAAUCUUGAUUUUAUUUAUCAUUGCUCAUUCGCUGUUUAUCUAUGACGUCACCUAAAUAACCUAAUUCCCGCAAAUGAAAAUAUUCUCAUUUUUGCUUUAUAGUUUUCAUUCGGUAAUAUAGAGCACAGGUCUGCUCAAGUACGAUUUUAACAUAUGUUUUUCUUCAGAUAGUUGUACACAUUAUACUAAAAUUUGCUACUUGAGCAAGCCUGCGUUCGAUGUUUCCUAGUCGAAAAACCAUCGGAAAACACCCAUAUUUUGCUUCAAAACAUCAAUUUAUCAAAUAAAGGCAAUCUUCAUGACGUCAUUUCUACAUUAUGACGUCACUGUGGUGAUAACCUUUAACACCAUUAUUUUCAAUAUGAUUUUAACUAUGUUUCACCUUGUUUUUAAAGCUUUUUAUAAAACUUUGAUUUUGGGGGCAAAAAAUGCAUAAUACUGAAUGUAGUCCUUUUUGGUUUGACUUUUUAUAUCGUGUUUUGUUGUAUACGAAUGGUUUAGGAAUUAAUUUAGAAGCGCACCAUUCUUAUGAUAGAUAGCAAUACAGGUUAAUGUUAUUUCAAAUUCCAUUGUUACUCGAGUAUUUGGUGACUCUUUAAUACAUUUUGUUUGUGAUGCAUCGGAUAUUUAGAAUACAUCGAUAUCUCAGGUGAUGCGAUUUAAAAAUGUGGUUUUGGGUUACACUCAGGUGCUCCAGUACCUUUCAUAUUCUUCACUGAUCAGAUAGAGAUGCAUUUAUAUUCAAGAACAUUCUCACACAAACACCAUUCAUUGUUUUCACCAACAGUAACCUUAUCUAUUUAAAUAAUUAAUCCAAUUUACUUAAUCUUUGUCAUUGAAUUUAGUACUGUCCGUAACCCUGAACGUGUAUUUCAUACAAUACUAUGUAUACUAAGCUUAUAUUCAGGUAUUCGUAUUCCUUUUGUAUAAUAGGAUUACUUAGUAAUAUAUGUAUAAUAAUUAUCUCACACAGAUAGUAGUAUUUGUAUUCUUGUAAUUCUAAUGCUUAUAGGAAUAUGUCAACAUAGACACUGGUUUUCUUAUUCUAAUUUUUUGUAUUUGGAAAACUUACAACAAUAUGUAAACUAAGACUGCUGGUUUUCUAUUUCUUAAUGAGAAAAAUGCAUUGAACUAAGUUGGAUUGAGGUGAUAUAUAAAAGUUUGAGUAAAUUACAUGAUUUGCACAUUGUUCUUUGUAAUCAAUUUAAUCAAGUUUAUCUGUUUAUUGUACUCUUUACGCAUAUGUUUAAACUUUUAAGAUCUUUUUGUUGUGGUAUAUUUUUGUAUACCAGUGUUCUCAUUUGUAAAAAUAAAAUUAUUCAAAACCA